UGUUGCUGUUGUGUUGAUGAUGAUGAUGGCGGAUUUUGACCAGGUAGAUUUUCUGCGGGAGCGGCACGUGCGGUUCUUCCAGCGCUGUCUGCACGUGCUGCCCGAGAGAUACGCGCCGUACGAGACCAGCAGGUUGACUAUAGUGUUCUUCGCUCUGUCGGGUCUCGAUGUUCUCGAUGCCUUGGAUGUCGUGGACAAACCCGGUCUGAUCGAGUGGAUCUACUCACUGCAGGUUCUUCCCACUGAAGACAAGUCCAAUCUCAGACGCUGUGGCUUCCGCGGCUCCUCUCACAUCGGCGUUCCCUACAACACCUCUAAGGGUCCCGGUUCGGCUCAUCCGUACGACAGCGGUCACGUGGCCAUGACCUACACCGGGCUGGCGUGUCUGAUCAUCCUGGGUGACGAUCUGAGCCGCGUCAAUAAAGCGGCGUGUCUGGAGGGGCUGAGAGCGCUGCAGCUGGAGGACGGCAGCUUUUACGCUGUCCCAGAAGGCAGUGAGAACGACAUGAGGUUCGUGUACUGUGCCGCCUGCAUCUGCUACAUGCUGGACGACUGGUCUGGGAUGGACUGCCAGAAAGCCAUCGAUUACAUCAGGAGAAGCACAUCGUAUGAUAGUGGGAUCGGUCAAGGAGCCGGACUGGAGUCACAUGGUGGAUCCACCUUUUGUGCCAUUGCUUCCCUUUGCAUGAUGGGAAAGCUGCAGGAUGUUUUCAGCGAGCGCGAGCUGAACCGAAUCCGGCGCUGGUGUAUCCUCCGACAGCAGAACGGCUUCCACGGCCGUCCCAACAAACCCGUGGACACCUGCUACUCCUUCUGGGUGGGAGCGACGCUGGAGCUCUUGGACGUGUUCCAGUUCACCAACUUUGAAAAGAACCGGAACUACAUUCUGUCCACGCAGGACCGUUUGGUGGGCGGCUUCGCUAAAUGGCCCGACAGUCAUCCAGACCCUCUUCACACCUACUUCGGCAUCUGUGGCUUGUCUCUGAUCGGAGAAGCGGACCUGCGCAAGGUUCAUCCCGCCCUGAACAUCAGCGUCCGGGCGUUCGACGCUCUGCGGCAGCUGCACGGGACGUGGAGGCAGAAGAGCACAUGACCGUCCGUCCGUCCCGACCUCUGAUACCUCAGCAAUAACAGCCAACGUGAUGAAUAAAUGAUCAGAUCCAGCGUAAUCUAUUAUUAAAGGUGUCGCUCUUUAGCCGUAGGUCACAAGAUCGCUUCGUCCCGUCGAGCAGAUUCAUCGCUCCUCUUCAAGCUUGUUGUUAUUAUUUGUGCUGAUUUCUGCCUUAUGAAGGAGGACGAGCGGAUGAGAAGAUGGACGAGACGAGCUGAUGUUCCUGCAGUAACACUGUAUAUCUGUUCAUAUUUUCACACGCAACAGACGUAUUGUUUCUCUUAUUCUGUGUAAAAUCAUGUACCUUCAGUGUCCUCUUCUGAAUGUGCCUCUGACAGUGUGUGUGUGUGUGUGUGUGUGUGUGUGUGUGUGUGUGUGUGUGUGUGUGUGUGUGUGUGUGUGUGUGGCAUCUUGACACUUGAAUGUGUGUUUCAAGGAUCAAAAAGUGAAAUUAUUUUUUCUACACUGUGGAAGUGACACUGCUCAUAUUUUAUGAUGAUGUAAAGUUCGAGUGCUGGAGCUGACGGUCAAUAAAUCCAGAGCUUUUAUCAUGUGAGAAACAAGCGUUUAUGACGGUUCACGUGUUUAAUAGCAGUUCAAUAAAACGGAUGAAUUUGA